AUGUAUGUGAAAUGGUUUGGUACAGUAAUGUUUUACUAUGUGAUUUUAGUGAUUUUAGUGAAUGUCACUUUUUGUCAUUUUCAAAUUUCCUGCCGUUCCGUCCCCCGUACGUCCCGACGCUCGCAGGGGACGGAACCCAGAUGACAGAUGCCGGCAUCCGCCGGAUUACAUUGCCGGGGACACUGCAGGAGGGACAUCGCGGGAGCGCAGGACAAGGUAAGUGAUCGAGGGAUCCCGGAGCAGCGCCGCAUGGUUUUCCCGAGUGUAGCUCAGGGUUACCGCUUGUGCUACACUCGUGAAUACCGCCAGGGAGGUUA